AUGGAUGGAAUUUUGGCGUUUAUAAUUGCAACAGUUUAUGAUGUGACACGUCGAGAUACGUUUACUAAUCUUUCUGAGGUAUGGGGGAAGGAAAUUGAGCUCUACUCAACUAAUCAAGAUUGCAUCAAGAUGCUUGUUGGAAACAAAGUUGAUAAGAAUCGACUUAGAAAUCCGUCAAUGACUGGAGGAUAUUCUCAGCAAGGUUACCAAGCACGUCCACCGACUAGCUGGGCUCCUCCCGCUUCUCCAAUGCAGCAACAACCUGGUUAUGCAUCAGGUGGUUAUGCUACAGGUUGGGACCAGACGACCGGUGCACCUAAUCAGCAGACGGCUCAGGGAGGCACUUACGAUUACUAUAGCCAGCAGACUCAGCAGCAGCAAGCCCCCACUGGCAGCGCAGCACCUACAGAUAAUACCAGUUAUGGUUAUGGCCAGCCACCAGCUUCUGGCUAUAGUCAACAAGGUUAUACUCUGGGUGGCUACGAUGGAUAUGCACCCGCACCACAAACUGGUUAUGGUCAGCCCAAGUCAACUCCUGUUCAAGGGUAUGAUCAACAGCAAGGUUAUACUUCAACUCCUGGUUAUGGAUAUGGUUAUGGAGUCCCCACUUCCCAGCCUGGUUACGGGACUCAACCAGCUUCUGGAUAUGGGCCGAACUAUGGUCCACCUCAGGCUCAAAAACCUCCAGCUGGUCAGGCAGCUUAUGGGCAACAGCCCCAACAGUCACCCAGUGCCCAAGGUGGCUAUGUUCAGCCUGGAUAUCCUCAGUCUCAGCCCCCACCAGCCGCUCAAGCAGGUGGUUAUGCUCAGCCAGAUUCUGGUGCCCAGCGGGCUCCACCCUCUGGUUAUGUUGCUUCAGCAGCUCAGCCAGGGUAUGGCGCCCCGCCUUAUGGUGCACCUCCAGUGACUCAACCAGGGUAUGGGCAGCAGCAGCUGCCAUACAACAGCUCUUACGGUGGUGGUUAUUCUCAGCCACCGGCAUAUUCUGCUUGUGGAGCACCAACUUCUCAGGCUGUUCAGCCUGGUGGGGUUGCCAAAGCUUCACCCAAGAGUUGA